GGUGCUGUGGGUUAACGGAGAAAGAGCUCUGCGCGUCCGGGUUUGGCACAGUCCCGUCCUCCACCGCUCUGUCCAGUGCGUAUUCACACCGAGGAUUGCAGGAAAAACACUACAAAUCCAGGAUGUCCCGCGAGCAACAAGCAGUGGCUCGGGCCAGGAAGGCAUUUGAAACGGGUCGGUCCAAGUGCCUAGACUACCGCAUCAUGCAGCUUGAGAGCCUCAAGCGCCUAUUCACUGAGAGACAAAAAGAGAUUGCGGAUGCUUUGAAGAAAGACCUAAAUAAGAGUGAAGUGGCCUCUCAGCUGUACGAGACAAUGGGCUUGGAGGGUGAGAUAAACCUGGCCGUUAAAAACCUGAAGUCUUGGGCAGCGCCUCGUCCCGUAGAGAAGAACCUGUUGACCCUUAUGGACACAGUGUACAUCCGCCCUGAGCCCGUUGGUGUGGUCCUCGUCAUUGGAGCCUGGAACUACCCUUGGGCUGUCACCAUCCAGCCUCUGAUCGGGGCUAUUGCAGCCGGUAAUGCAGCUGUGAUUAAGCCCUCUGAAGUUUGUGUCCACACAGCUAAAGUCAUGGAAGAGUUUCUGCCUGCUUACAUUGACAAAGAGCUGUAUCCAGUAGUGACAGGAGGAGUGACUGAGACACAGGAGUUGUUACGGCAGCGUUUCGAUCACAUCUUUUACACUGGGAACAGUAUGGUCGGUAAAAUCAUCAUGGAGGCUGCGGCAAAGCACCUGACGCCGGUCACUUUGGAGCUCGGAGGAAAAAGCCCCUGCUACAUUGACAAAAACUGUGACAUUACCAUCGCGUGCAGACGAGUGGCAUGGGGCAAAUAUACAAACUGUGGCCAAACCUGCAUAGCUCCAGACUACAUCCUGUGUGAAUCAAGCAUCCAGGACAGAGUCAUCGCAGAGAUCAAGAAAGCCGUUAAGGAGUUUUAUACAGAAAACCCACAGACGUGCACUGACUACGGACGUGUCAUCAACCAGCGACACUUCAAGAGAAUCAUGGCUCUUAUAGAUGACAGUACGGUGGCCGUGGGAGGACAAAACGAAGAAGCAAACUGCUACAUCGCCCCCACGGUGCUGAGGGAUGUGAAGCCUGACGCCAAAGUUAUGCAGGAGGAGAUUUUUGGUCCAGUUCUUCCCAUCAUCACCGUCAGUGGUUUGAACGAAGCCAUAAAAUUCAUCAACAAAGGAGAGAAACCUCUGGCUCUUUAUGUUUUCACAUCAGAUGACAAGGUGAUUCAGAAGAUGAUAGAAGAAACAUCCAGUGGAGCGAUCUUGGCCAAUGACUGUCUAGUGCAUUACUCCAUCAGCGCACUGCCUUUUGGUGGAGUCGGUAACAGUGGCAUGGGGUGUUAUCAUGGCAAGUUCACAUUUGACCAGCUAAGUCACCUGCGCAGCUGCCUCAUCAAGAAGCUGAACAUGGAGGGGGCAAACACCAUGCGCUACCCACCGCACACACCCACCAAACUGAACCGCGCCCGCUUCUUCAUCCUCAAGACAGCAAACCUGGGCUGGAUCGGAUGGAUGAUGACGUUAGCCCUUUUCGUCGUGGUCGCAGGUGUAGUCAUUCAGAAAUACUUGCUUUGAAGACCACAAACGAAAAGACUGCAGAAACAUUCACAUCAUAGAAGUACUCAAGAAAUUCACAUUUUAACACACUAAAAUCCAGAGGCGACUUUUGACUGAAAAUUUAACAUUUCAACUCAGCAUUCAAACUAAUUUUUACUAAUUAUUUAUUCAUUCAUAGCUCUUUUAGUACAUUUUUAAUUUUAUGAAGUCUUUUUAAAUUAUAUUUAAUGAUUACUUAACUUUAUUUCCAAACCCAAUGAAGAAACAAAUCAUUAAGUGCAAUUUAAACAAUUCCAGUUGUGUCUUAUACAUGUGAAAUAUAAAGUGUAACUCAGACAAGUCCAUUUAUUUCAGCCUAAAGCACUUUGUCUUUUAAAACUGUUUUGUUAAGUGUACCUCCUCUCACUGUCAGCAAAACUGUCACAUGAAGGAUUUCCUCAUUUUAUUACAUUAGUAGCAACCACAAUAAUGCUGCUUAAAGACAAAGUCUAAUGUGCUUUGUAAUACAUGUAUUUCUAUAAAUAAUUAACAACAAAAUAAAUAUAUUUGUACAUGUAU